AUGGCCCCUCUCGAUAACCCCGCUAUCCCUAAAGGCUCUCUAGUCCUCGUGACCGGAGUCAAUGGCCUUCUUGGUUCCCAUGUCGCCAAACAAUUCCUCGAGUAUGGCUACAAGGUUCGCGGAACUGUUCGUGACGUCGAGAAGAAUGCGUGGCUCACGGCUGCAUUUGACAAACAAUAUGGCCAAGGAAACUUUGAGCUUGUUGCGGUGGCAGACUUGACAGAUGAGAAGGCUUUGACUGAGGCAGCCAAAGGGGCCGCUGUCAUUGCGCAUACUGCGUCAAUUAUGUCUAUGGACCCUGAUCCUAAUAAUGUUAUUCCUGGCGUCAUUAGCUUCGCCGUCGCGGCAAUCAAGGCCGCUUAUGCAGAGUCCAGCGUGAAGCGAUUCGUCUUCACCUCAUCAUCUUCUGCCGCCGUCGUCUCUCAGCGCGAUGUCCCCGGUGUCAAGGUGACUGAAGAGAGCUGGUCUGAAGAUGCGAUCAAGAAGGCGUGGGCUGAUCCUCCUUACACCCCCGACCGACGUGGUGCUGUGUAUGCGGCAAGCAAAGCCCAGGCAGAACAGGCUAUCUGGAAGUAUCACAAGGAACACCGAAGCGAGAAGCCUGAAUUGGUCGUUAACACCGUCCUUCCCAACUUCAACUGGGGAAGUUCUAUUGAUCCCGUGAACCAGGGAUACCCUAGUAGCUCUGGCCUCCCAGUGCUUCUCUUCAAGGGACAAGUAACACCAUUCCACAGCUCUAUCGUCCCUCAAUAUUACAUUGAUGUCGAGGACACAGGCCGGCUUCAUGUUGCAGCUGCCAUCUUCGAUCAUGUCAAGGAACAGCGUAUUUUUGGCUUCGCCGGUCGCUUCAGCUGGGACGCUAUCCUCGAUAUUCUCAGAAAGAACUUUCCCAACAGGACAUUCCCCGAGAACUUCUCAGGUGGAGAGGACCCUAACGAGAUCGAGCCAAGAGACAAGGCUGAGCAGCUUCUUAAGGAUCUAGGCCGACCUGGUUGGACAAGCUUGGAGGAGUCUAUUCUGUCUAAUGUUGAAGCUGUUGCAAAGGCGGAGGAGGAUCCUAAGCUUUAGGACU